AUGACAAACCUAUCACAAGUUCCCGACGGGAUGCAUGGGUACCAUGACCAUAAUGUGGCAGUGCGGACGUUGAUGAUUGUCUUCACAUCCAUCGCAUUAUACAACGCCAUCGAAUUGUUAAUCUUAUUAUUUUUGACUUUCACUCAUUAUCGUGGACUCUACUUUUGGACGCUUCUGCUCUCGGUCAUCAUCGGAGUAGUUCCUCACGCCGUUGGCUACCUGCUGGGCUUCUUUUCUCUAGCGCCAUUAUGGUUAUAUUUGACUCUCUCCACCAUUGGCUUCUACGUCAUGGUCCCGGGCCAAUCCUUGGUCCUAUACUCUCGUCUGCAUUUGGUGGUCAAUAACAACAAAGUCCUUCGGUUUGUUCUUUGGUUGAUUGUCAUCGACGCGAUCGUUCUCUUGCUGCCAACGACCGUGUUGACGUUCUGUACCGCAUACGUUGCACAUCCGUCAAUGAUUCGUGGAUACAAUGUUAUGGAGCGGAUGCAACUGGCCUGGUUUUGUGCGCAAGAGAUGGUCAUUUCGGGAAUUUAUAUUGUCGAGACCGUGAAGCUGCUGAGGAUGAUGCCUGACAAGGACCGACGGCGGUCCAGAAUCAUGUACGAGCUGCUAGCCAUCAAUUUUGUCAUCAUUUUGCUGGAUCUUUGCUUACUCCUUGUGGAAUACGUUGGCCUGUACUCGCUGCAAACCACAUUGAAGGCUAUGGUCUAUAGUAUCAAGUUGAAGCUGGAGUUCGGGGUGCUCGGAAAGCUAGUUGAUCUUGUGCAAAGUCAUCGAUCGCAACCCACUUCGCUAGAACACGAAGAAUACCCUGGCUUCGUUGAUCCGUCCCAGAUUACAUCGGACAUCACCCACGCAGCCCCACGGGAACCACGACAAGGGGGACGGAGAGGGUGGAAUACAUUGUCGAUGGAGAGCUUGCCCAGCUCUGAGCGCAGAAUUCGCCUGUCUCCACGGUCGACGGACGAUAGGCUGCAUCCAUCUUGA